AUGACACUACUUGUGGGUCUUGCACUUCAGAAAGCGACGCAGUAUCUUCAACUUCUCCAAACACUUGCUCACCUAAAUGUACAGAAAGAAUUAACUUUUGCGUUAUUAAAGAAUAAUUUUUAUAUUUUAAUUCAUAAUGUUUAAGAGAGCAAUGCACAGUUGGCUCAAACGGGUGCGCAACUUGCACAGAUGACACUACUUGCGGGUCUUGCACUUCAGAAAGCGACGCAGUGUCUUCAACUUCUCCAAACACUUGCUCAGCUAAAUGCACACAAAAUAUUAGCGUUUGCGUCAUUAAAGAACAAUUUUAUAUUUUAAUUCAUAAUUUUUUAAAGGGCAAUGCACAACUGGCUCAAAUGGCUGCGCAACUUGCACAGAUGACACUACUUGCGGAUCUUGCACUUCAGAAAGCGAUGCAGUAUCUUCAACUUCACCAAACACUUGCUCGCCUAAAUGCACAGCUGGCUCAAAUGGCUGCGCAACUUGCACAGAUGACACUACUUGCGCGUCUUGCACUUCAGAAAGCGAUGCAGUAUCCGGACACAAAUGUGCAGGAAAAUGCACAGAAAUAUAUAUCUGAGACUAUUUUUAAAUCUAUUUUUAUUAUACAAUUUUAUAAUAAUUUUAGAGGGCAAUACACAGUUGGAUCAAACGGCUGCGCAACUUGCACAGAUGACACUACUUGCGGGUCUUGCACUUCAGAAAGCGACGCUGUAUCUUCAACUUCUCCAAACACUUGCUCACCUAAAUGUACAGAAAGAAUUAGCAUUUGCAUUAUUAAGGACUAAUUUUAUAUUUUAAUUCAUAAUUUUUGAGAGAGCAAUGCACAGUUAGCUCAAACGGCUGCGCAACUUGCACAGAUGACACUACUUGUGGGUCUUGCACUUCAGAAAGCGAUGCAGUAUCUUCAACUUCUCCAAAUACUUGCUCACCUAAAUGCACAGCGGGCUCAAAUGGCUGCGCAACUUGCACAGAUGACACUACUUGCGCGUCUUGCACUUCAGAAAGCGAUGCAGUAUCCGGAAACAAGUGUGUAG